CUUUGUGAAAUUUGUUUCGAUUUUCAUAUUUUUGGAAAUGAUGAAGUGACGUAUUUUGGAGACUUUAUAUAUUUUAAUGCGGAGAGUGGGGUCGCCCAUCCCGCCGCCCGCCCCAUGCUUCAACAGCCGCCCCUCCUGGACCCCUUCUCCGCCCACGCCCAAGCCAUGUCCGCCGAGUGCGAGAGCGCGCCCCCGCAGUCCCUCGCGGGCGCCGCCAAGCCCCUGGUGGGCGCGCCCGCCCUCUCCACGUCCGCCUCGCCGCCCGAGCGCCACGGCGCGGCGGGAAUCAGCUACGAGGGCCGCGUGUCCGUCAUCCCGCCGCUGGCCGGCUACGAGGCCACGAUGAGGGCCGCCAUGGAGCUCGACCGCGCCCACGCCCACGCCCGCGAGCAGCAGCAGAUGAGCAUGGACGCCGCCGCCGUCGCCGCCCGCAUGCAGAGCGAGCGCGGCCACUACGACCCCCUUCAGAUGCAGCAGGAGCUGCGGCGCCUCUACGAGCAGCGCGCGCGGCUGCAGGAGGCGUCGCACCUGUACGCUGCGCAGCGCGAGGAGCACGCGCAGCAGGCCUACGCACAGCCCGACGCCCUCACGCCCAAGGAGGAGCCCAUGCACGUCGCCCACGAGGAGGACGAGCAGCAGGACGUGGACAUGAGCGACGCCCGCGCGCCCUCGCCGCAGCCGAUCUCCGAGGCCGAGCAGCACCUGGAGGUGGUGGUGAAGGAGGAGCCGGCCGCCGAGGGGGCGCCGGCGGGCAGCGACGGCGAGGCGCGCGCCUUCGAGGCCGACUCCGUGCUGCGGUUCGCGCGGCCCGACCACCACGCCGAGCCGACGCGCUCGCCGAUCGACAAGGCGGGCGAGUCGCCCGACCUGCCCACCGACUCGGCGCGCACGCAGGCCCACGCGGCCGAGGAGCAGAACGACUCGUUCCGCGGCUACGAGUCGGCCUUCCGCCACGGCGAGGACGCGCUGUCCCCGUACGGCGAGAGCUACCAGGGCAGCGACGAGCGCAUGCCGUCCAGCGUGGAGCCCGACGGCCACGACGACUCCAUGGACUCGUCGUCCCUGCACGACGGCGGCGACAUGAACCCGCUGUCGCGCCUGCAGCACGCGCUCGAGCUGUCGGGCGUGAUGGGCAAGGAGGGCGAGGGCGGCGACAAGCAGGUGUUCCAGUGCCACCUGUGCUCGUACUCGGGCUCGUCGCGCUUCCACUUCGACGCGCACCUCAACACGCACUACGACCACAAGUGCGCCAAGUGCGAGUUCACGGCGCGCACGGAGCCCAAGCUGCGCGAGCACAUGCAGGACGAGCACGGCCUCAGCCCCGACUCCAACGAGGACCUGGAGGGCAUCCGCGUGCCGCGCGUCAACGCCCAGGGCAAGGUCAAGACCUUCAAGUGCAAGCAGUGCGAGUACGUGGCCAUCACCAAGGGCGACUUCUGGGAGCACGCGCGCACGCACAUCAAGAGCGAGAAGCUGCUCACGUGCCCCAAGUGCCCCUUCGUCACGGAGUACAAGCACCACCUCGAGUACCACCUCAGGAACCACUUCGGCUCGAAGCCAUUCAAGUGCAACAAGUGCAACUACUCGUGCGUCAACAAGUCCAUGCUCAACUCGCACAUGAAGUCGCACAGCAACAUCUACCAGUACCGCUGCGCCGACUGCACGUACGCCACCAAGUACUGCCACUCGCUGAAGCUGCACCUGCGCAAGUACGGCCACAACCCCGCCAUGGUGCUCAACCCCGACGGCUCGCCCAACCCCAUCCCCAUCAUCGACGUGUACGGCACGCGCCGCGGCCCCAAGCUCAAGAAGGACGAGAACGGCAUGCCCAUCCUGCCGCCGCACUACCAGAUCCAGGCGCAGCUGCUCAAGGCGCAGAUGCAGGCCGGCGCCACGCUCCCGCAGGCCCCGCAGACGCCCACGUCGCCGCGCGAGGGCUCCAAGCCGCCGCAGGGCCGCACGCCCACCGCCCUGCCGCAGACGCCGCACGCGCCGCCGCCGCACUCGCCCUUCUCCUACCCGUACCCCAGCAUGAUCCCCAACUUCCAGAGCUCGUCGCCCAUCCUGUCGCGCGCCCUGGAGAAGUCGCCCGAGGAGGCCCCGAAGGCGCUGGAGGGCCGCGAGCAGCUGCGCGAGCUGCUCCUGGAGCGCGAGCGCCUCACGCAGAAGACGCCGCUGUCGCCGGGCGGCGCCUUCAAGUGCCCGCAGUGCGAGUUCAGCACCGACCUGCGCGAGGUGUUCUCGCAGCACGUGCUGCUGCACGCCGCCGCCGACCGCCGCGACGACGGCGACGACGGCGCGCACUCGCCCAAGCCGCUGGAGCGCUCGCUGUCGCCCGAGCGCCGCCCAGCGUCGCCGCGCGCGCGCCGUCUUCCACCCGCACCAGGCGCUGCAGCCGCCCCCGGCGAGCCGGGCGCGCCGUACUCGCCCCUGGCCGCCGCCCACAACCUGAAGGAGUACCUGGCCCGCGCCAUGAACCCGUUCCUGUACCAGCAGAUGAUGAGCGGCCAGAUCCACCCGGCGCUGGGCCUGCAGCAGCACCUGCAGCGCUUCGCCCACCCCGCGCUGCACGGGCCGCGCCUCGCGCCCGCCGACGACGACCACGGCCCCGCCCACGAGCCGCCCCAAGGCUCCCCGCACGAGCCGCACGCCCACCCGCAGGCGCACUCGCCCAACGACGACGGCGUGCUGGACCUGAGCAAGGAGCAGACGCCGCCGCAGCAGGGCUCCGACCUGCGCAAGGUGCCGUCGUCCGAGCCGCGCUCCGAGUCGCAGGCGUCGCUGUCGCCGCACCACUCGUCGCCGCAGUCGUCGUCGCCGCCGCGCUCCGAGACGUCCACGCCGCCCUCCAAGAACCGGCGGAAGGGCCGCGCCUUCAAGCUGGAGCGCAUCGCCAUGCGGCUGAGCGAGAGCGCCGAGGGCGAGAGCAGCGGCCACGACGAGGACUCGCGCCGGGACGACGAGGAGCCGCCGCGCCGCCCGACGGAGGCCUCGCUGCCGCCGCUGGUGCCGCUGGAGCCGCUGCAGGGCGACGACGCCCACCACGGCCAGGAGAUGCAGGAGGAGCCGCAGCAGCCGCACACGGAGCAGUGGAGGGGCGCCCACCAGUGCCAGUUCUGCGACAUGGCCUUCAAGGACGUGGUCAUGUACACCAUGCACAUGGGCUACCACGGCUACCGCAACCCCUUCACGUGCAACAUGUGCGGCCACCAGGCGGCCGACAAGGUGGCCUUCUUCCUCCACAUCGCCCGCUCCUCGCACUCGUAAGGGCGCGCCCGCCGAUCUCCGAAGGGAGAACGAAUGAAGGCGAAAGGAAGAAAGCGCAAGAGAGGAACGGAUUCCUCCCUCGACCCAGGCGUCGUUCUU